ACAUUUUUGACAAUGACAAGUUGAAUGUGAGGUUCAAAGUCAAAACAUUACAUUUUUGUAUUGAAAAUUUAAAAUUUCAAUCAAAAUAUGAGUAUUUAAAUGAUUGUGUCCGGUUGAAUAUAUCUACAGGCAUGCUAUUUAAUUUUAAAUGCCAUGCUUGAAAAAAAUAUGGGGGAAUUAAAUAAUAAACACACAGAAUGGGAGUCGGCAAAAGGUUUGAGAGACCCAAUAAAAGCUUUAGAGGACAAAUGGAAACUUGUUCCAUCAUUUCUUCAAAUAAAAGGAUUGGUUAAGCAACACAUUGACUCCUUCAAUUAUUUUAUUAAUGUUGAAAUCAAGAAAAUUGUUCAAGCUAAUGAGAAAGUGUUUUGUGAUUCUGAUCCGUUGUUUUAUAUCAAAUAUUUAAAUGCAUAUGUGGGAACACCAGAUUUAGAGGAAGGUUUUAAUGUAUCUAAGCCCACAACCCCUCAUGAGUGUAGACUAAGGGACAUGACAUACUCUGCACCAAUCACAGUGGACAUUGAAUAUAUCCGAGGCAAUCAAAGGGUUAUCAAAAAUAAACAGCUAAUUGGAAGGAUGCCACUAAUGCUAAGAUCUUCAAAUUGUGUCCUGACAAACAAAUCAGAUUUUGAACUAGCUCAACUAAAUGAAUGCCCGCAUGAUCCUGGUGGCUAUUUUAUUAUAAGAGGUCAAGAAAAAGUUAUAUUGAUUCAAGAGCAGCUCUCAAGAAAUCGAAUGAUUGUGGAUGAAUUCAAGGGAGCGGUGCAGUGUCAAGUAACUAGUUCUACACACGAAAAGAAAACUAGGACAAAUGUUAUUGUGAAAAAUGGAAAAUAUGUACUUAGACAUAAUGCACUGUCUGAUGAUAUACCAAUAGCAAUAGCAUUUAAAGCCAUGGGUAUUUGCAGUGACCAAGAAAUAAUGCUGCUUGUGGGCACUGAGGAUAUAGUUGUAAAGAAAAUGGCGCCGUGCAUUAUAGAUUGUCACAACUUAAAAAUUUUCACUCAAAAUCAAGCACUUACUUAUAUUGGAGCUAAACUGAAGGUUAAACGGUUUCAGACAGCCAAUGCAAAAUUUCGAACUCCCAUUGACGAGGCUAGAGAUCUGUUAGCGACAACUAUCCUCGCUCAUGUGACUGUAGAGAAUUACAACUUUUACGUCAAAGCCAUCUAUUUGGCUAUCAUGGUAAAGAGAGUAAUAGAAGCUGAAAACAAUAAGGCUACUAUAGACGACCCGGAUUACUACGGUAACAAAAGACUGGAAUUAGCAGGGUCAUUGUUAGCUCUCAUGUUUGAAGAUUUAUUUAAAAGAUUCAAUUGGGAGUUGAAAUCGAUAGCUGAUAAAAUAAUACCAAAAGUGAAAGCCGCGCCGUUUGACGUUGUAAAACAUAUGAGACCGGACUUGAUAGCUAACGGCCUGUUUACAGCCAUUUCUAGUGGAAAUUGGACAAUCAAGAGAUUUAAAAUGGAAAGGCACGGUGUUACACAAGUUCUGAGUCGCCUCAGUUAUAUAUCGGCUUUGGGUAUGAUGACCAGGGUAAAUUCGCAGUUCGAAAAGACUAGGAAAGUGUCUGGGCCUCGAUCUUUGCAGCCGUCGCAGUGGGGAAUGCUCUGUCCUUCCGAUACCCCUGAGGGAGAGGCUUGCGGUCUAGUAAAGAAUUUAGCCCUCAUGACGCAUAUAACAACAGAAAGUUCCGAAGAGCCCAUCGCAAGGUUGGCUUGUAACGCAGGCGUAGAAGACGUCAGGCUUUUAGGUGGUGAAGAAAUCAACCACCCUGCUGUUUAUUUAGUGUUCCUUAAUGGUAACAUACUAGGUGUAACCAGGCAUUACAAAAAGUUAAUCAAAAUUUUCAGAAUGUUUCGUCGUCGUGGACUUAUAUCUGCGUUUGUGUCUAUCUAUCCGAAUCACAAUCAGCGAACAGUAUACAUUUGUAGCGACGGCGGUAGACUUUGUCGGCCGUAUAUUAUCGUGGAGAAGGGCUUCCCAUUAGUGCAGCAGGCUCAUAUAAACGAGCUGAACAGAGGUAUAAGAAAGUUUCAAGAUUUUCUCUCAGAUGGUUUGAUUGAAUAUUUGGAUGUGAAUGAGGAGAACGACAGCCAUAUAGCGACAGUUGAGGUUGAGAUAGACCCUUAUGUCACCACACAUCUGGAAAUAGAACCCUUCACAAUUUUGGGUGUAUGUGCAGGACUCGUACCAUAUCCACAUCAUAACCAAAGUCCGAGAAACACAUAUCAGUGUGCUAUGGGUAAACAAGCUAUGGGUACUAUCGGUUACAACCAAAAGAAUAGAAUAGACACGUUGAUGUACAAUUUAGUUUACCCACAAUGUCCAAUGGUUAAAACGAAGACGAUAGAGCUGACAAAUUUCGAUAAAUUGCCAGCUGGUCAAAAUGCAACAGUCGCAGUGAUGAGCUACAGCGGUUACGAUAUUGAAGACGCACUGAUUUUAAAUAGAGCAUCCAUUGAUCGGGGUUAUGGUAGAUGUUUAGUUUACAAAAGUGCCAAGACUACUAUGAAACGGUAUAGUAAUCAGACUUCUGAUCGAAUCUUGGGCCCAUCUAGAGACGCUAACACGGGAAAGAUUAUCAAAGCACACGAAAUUUUAGAUACUGAUGGUAUAGCUGCUCCUGGUGAAAUGGUUGAAAAUCGACAAGUGCUGAUUAACAAGCAAAUGCCGCCAGCAACAUUAAACCCGAUCAGUCAAGGGCAACCACAACAAAUAGAUUAUAAAGAUGUACCAAUAACUUAUAAAGGUCCAGUGGAGUCUUAUAUCGAAAAAGUAAUGGUUUCUUCCAAUUCGGAAGACGCGUUUCUUAUCAAAAUCUUAUUGCGUCAGACAAGAGUUCCCGAGAUCGGUGACAAGUUCAGUUCCCGACACGGUCAGAAAGGGGUGACGGGUUUAAUAGUGCAACAAGAGGAUAUGCCGUUUAACGACCGGGGUAUAUGUCCAGAUAUGAUCAUGAAUCCCCACGGAUUUCCAUCAAGAAUGACAGUUGGGAAAACAAUUGAGCUUCUAGCUGGUAAGGCGGGAUUGAUGGAAGGCAAAUUUCAUUACGGUACGGCAUUCGGCGGAUCCAAAGUUCGGGACGUUUGCAAAGAAUUAGAGAAGCACGGUUACAAUUACCACGGAAAGGAUAUUUUCUACUCUGGCCUGACGGGCGAGCCUUUGGAGGCAUACAUCUACUCCGGGCCGGUAUACUAUCAGAAGCUGAAGCACAUGGUGCAGGACAAGAUGCAUGCGCGGGCAAGAGGUCCACGGGCGGUGCUGACCCGACAACCCACAGAGGGGAGGUCUCGGGACGGCGGACUGCGUCUUGGAGAAAUGGAGCGCGACUGCCUCAUUGGUUACGGGGCUAGCAUGCUGCUCAUGGAACGUCUGAUGCUCGCGUCGGACGCUUUCAUCGCCAACAUAUGCGGCACGUGUGGGCGUCUGGCGAGCCGUGCGUGGUGCCACGCCUGCCGCUCCUCAGCCGCCGUGUCCGCUGUGGAGAUGCCCUACGCUUGCAAGCUGCUCUUCCAGGAGCUUGCCUCAAUGAACAUAGUACCUAAGCUUACCCUCAAGAAGUAUUGUUAAGGGUCCCCAUUUUAGAGAAUAAAAUUAAGUAAAGUUCAAUACUGAUUUCAUAACCUU